UGCCAUUAUUCCUGUUUGUCAGCCUAAGUCCUAAAACACACCCCAAGGAUCACCUGUGCAGGUACUAAAUAGUUAAUUUUGAAGUCUGUCCUAACUUGUUCGAGUAAAAAUAACAAUCUGUGAACCUUUGGACUAACUGUAUCGGGAAAAAAAAAAAACCUGGAACUCCUGGCAGGGAAGAAGUGAAAGUAAAUGCUUCAGAAGGGGAUAUUUCUGCUCUUCUGAAAUGGCUCGUCGGUAUUUCCUGAGUUAUUUCUUCCUCACCUCAAUCCUAGUUGCAGGACAGUCUCCAAAGUAUGCCCUGCAAGGGGGGGAGGUCUCCUUAAAGUCAGACAUCACUGGACCCCCUGAUGGAAUUCUGUGGAAACAUAAAGGCAACAAAUUGAUAGAGUUUGAUGGCAAGGAGGAACAUGUUUACAAACCAUUUGAAAACAGGAUCACUCUUGACUGGUUCUCUGCAGAUAUCCACAUUGUUGACCUCAGGUUUGAAGACAGUGGAGAGUAUGAAUUGGAACUAGAAAUUAACAAAAAGUUGCAUCGCUCUUUUUAUAAAUUGGAAGUCAUUGACAAGGUCGCCACGCCCACCAUAUCCUGUGAGAUAAAGGAUGACAGCAGUGGUACCGUCUCUGGAAAGCUACUGUGCUCUGCAGAGCCCGGACAAAUUCAAUCCGGAAUGAAGUUUGAGUGGAGAUAUCAAGGAAGCGUGCAGCCUGGCCCAGAGUUCAAAAUACCUCUGGGGGGUAAACAUGAUGAGGAAGAGUACAGUUGUACAGUCAGCAACCCUGCGGGUAGUAACACAGCUACAUUCACUGCAUGGGAUUGCUAUCCAGUCAAAAGUUCAUCUGUAGGAAUGAUUACCGGUCUUGGCAUUUUCUUUGGUAUUCUGUUGGUUGGUCUCGGUAUAUUUUUGUUCUGCAAACUACGCCAAAAAGCAUGUUUUGCAAAAGAUGAUGCUGAAAAACAGUUACCACCUGUACCAAAAGCUGUUUCACAGGAAGAUGAUAAGAAAGCUCGACGUCACGAAAAACGUGCAUUGCUUCCUAACAGAGAAUCCACAAUCCGCUCCAAGCAGCCUCUUGGCAAUUUGAAUCAAGGUCGUAACACCGAUAUUCAAGAUGAUAUGCCAAAAAAAGGCGUAGUCAAAGAGCGCAGAAAAAUCUUUGAAAGAAAAGAUUCUUCACAGAUCUCGAGGGGUAUUAACUUUACCUUAUUGAUGGAAGUACAAAAAUUGCAUCCUCCUUCCCCUACACAUAGUGAGUCAGCUUCUUUUGCUGAUCUUAAUGAUCUUGGUGAUGAAGAUGCAGACCAGGCCAGUGAGCAUCUAGAGAGAAAAAACUCACAGGGCAAACUCAAAGACUCUGAGAAGGCCGAUCUAGACCCAGCUGGUGUGUCGGAGGUCCCAAGUGAGGAGACGCAUUCUGACCUGGAAUCCUCCAUUGUCCAUGAACAGACAGAAAAUAACACUGAAGAGCAUGCGAAAACUGAGUCUCCUACUUCCCCUCGGCAUAGUGAGUCAACUUCUUCUAUUGAUCAAAGUAAUGUUGGAGAUGAAGAUGCGGACCAGCAGAGAGGGAAUGCAGAGAAAACAGUCUCAGAGUCGGAUCCCUCAGACCCUGAGAAAGAAGAUCCAGACCCAGCUGAUAUGACUGGCGUCCGAUGUGAGGAGACGCAGUCCGACCCGAAAUCCUCCGUUGUUUCUGAACAGCCAGAGCCAGAGAAGAAAUAUGAUAAGGCUGAGGAAAUGCGGUCUGUUCCUGCCAGCGCUGAAACUUCAACUGUUGCUCAGCCACCUGAUAACACUACUACUGAACUCAACGAAGAUGCCAACUCUCAGGUCACUAAAGAAACUAAAGAGAAAAAUGUCAGACAGUCUGACUCAUCGGGUGAGGAGGAAAGAAAUGAAUCAGAUCACUCUACUGAAGACAAACAGUCACCCACCCUUCCAGAACACAAAGGUUUAGAAACAACACUACAUGAGAAAGAUUUAAAAGAGGCAGAAGAAGAAACACACACAAGCCAAGAUAACAAGCAAGAGCUCAGUGAAACAGUCAAACCGGUUUCUGGAGAUGUAAAUAAAACAGAAAGUAAAGGUGACUGUGAAGAAACAGAUAAGGAACAUUGCUCCCCGCAAUAUCAGAGCCCCACACCUAGCAACACCUUUCAAGAGUCUCCAGACACUGCAACAGCAGAGCCAGAUCAAAAAGAAGAAGAAGAAGUGGAGGUGAAAUGCCAUGACUCAGAUAAGUCUAAGAUGCAGUCAGAUAAUACUGAGGGUGAAGUUGUUAAAGAUAAACAUGAGGUCAAGUGUGGCCUUACAGAAGAAAAGCCUCGCAAUGAAAGCUUUAGUGAAGAUGGAAAGGAACAAUGAAGUUGUUGCGUUGGUAGAAUUCAAGACGGAAGUGGAUAAUAAAAGUGCAGGUGUAAACAUAACACAAUGAGAAGAAGAAGAAGAAGACAUACUUUAUUAAUCCCUUACAGAGAAUUUGCUUUGAGAUCUAUACAACCAUUUAAGGGCAGGGUGCAAUGACUAUUAUGGAAUGUAUAGAUAGUCUGACUGUAGACAAAUAUCUGCUGUGGUUUUGUAGAAACAAAUACAGCAGGAAAAGAAGCAGACAAUUACCAAGUGAAAAAAAGAGCGGUUCAUCUAAAGUAUGUCGCUUGCCUGUAUCGUUUUUUUAUGUAAAGUUAUACAAAAUAUCAAAAUGAAAUCUGUACCAUUAUCCUAUCAAAACAUUUUUUUUUUAAAUGCAGCAACAACAGAGAUAGCCAUCUCAUACACAGUGAGGCAGAGUCAGAGAGCUGGCAUGCUCCUGAAAUGACUUUGCAUUAUUUACAUUUUGUACUUUUAAAACUCGCACAUUGUUUCCUUCCUUUUAAGAUAACCUUACUUCUCUUAUUCAUUUUCAAGUUAUUUUUAAUUCCAUUCCAAAAGUGUUAGAUCAACAGCUGUAUAGUUAUUUCUGUUGUUUUAGUUGUUUGUCUUUUUAAAUGAUAUAAAGUAUCCAUUAAUAAUGCUACAUAAUAUGUAAAUAUUUAUGAAUCAAUCCAUCAUAAAUAAGAAUGUAUAACUCUAAUCAAUUUGACAGCACUAAUCUUGUAAAUGUCAUAUUUUGACCUUAACAUUUUAGUUUGUUGUGCAGUGACGUGUUGUCACAACAGAUAUUUGCCAUUUUAAAAAUCGUAAUGCGCUAAUGAAUGUGCUGUAGGAGAAUAAAAUCACCACAAGCUUUACAUAAUUUGUCUGAAUUCAUAAAGGACAAUAUAGGUGUUUACGAUACUGUAAGCAUAUAACAAUGGAAAAGUAUCCCACUUUUUAAAAUCUGUGGUCAAAAAGAUUCUACAUUGUCAUAGUCGUCUUUUCCUCCACGUAUUGAUAAUGUUUCAUAUAUACUUUAUUUGUAUUAAGACCAGCUUAUUACUGCUUAUAUUUGAAGUGUUUUGGUACGCAGCGUCUAUUUUACAAUAUUAAUGUUUAAUGAUUUAUAUGAUAUUUCAAUGCAAGUCACUGACAUUAUAGAUUUUGUAUAAUGUUUGUAUUACCUUUCUAACAAUGGAAUUUUUACUGAUGAUUUUACAAAUGUUUCUGUUUGUAAAGGCAUUUUCAUUUUAAAUAAAAGCUCAGAUUCUGCAGUU